GGCACCAGAAACAACAGCGUCAAGAUCGUCAAGAUGAACCGCGGCGACGGCCUCGUCCAGCGCCGCAACGUCUCGAGAGAGGCGACGGACAGCGCGCAGAGGGACGGCGACGACGGCGACAAGAAACUGGACCUCGACGAGGAGGCGGGCGACGGCGACUCGAAGGAGACCAGACUCACUCUCAUGGAAGAGGUUUUACUCUUAGGACUCAAGGACAAGGAGGGCUACACCUCUUUCUGGAAUGACUGUAUAUCCUCGGGACUUCGAGGGUGCAUUCUCAUUGAACUAGCAUUACGAGGCCGCAUUGAGCUUGAAAAAGCAGGAAUGCGCCGCAAAAGUUUAUUGAGCCGCAAGAUUAUUAUGAAAAGUGACACGCCAACAGGUGAUGUCUUAUUGGAUGAGGCUUUAAAGCAUAUGAAGGAAAUGGAUCCUCCAGAGACAGUCCAAAGCUGGAUUGAGUACCUAAGUGGUGAGACGUGGAAUCCUUUAAAAUUAAAGUUACAAUUGAAGAACGUUCGAGAACGUCUGGCCAAAAACCUGGUUGAAAAAGGAGUUCUAACAACGGAAAAACAAAACUUCCUUUUGUUUGAUAUGACUACACAUCCUGUAACUGACAACACUGCAAAAUCAAGACUUGUUAAAAAGGUUCAGGAUUCAGUAUUGAGUAAAUGGGUCAAUGAUCCUCAUCGCAUGGACAAACGCCUGCUUGCACUGUUGUUUCUUUCUCAUGCAUCUGAUGUGUUGGAGAAUGCAUUUGCUCCUUUAAAUGAUGAUGAUUAUGAAGUUGCCAUGAAGCGAAUCAGAGAUUUGCUUGAACUUGAUUACGAGCAAGAAAGUCUGAAAACUAACACUAAUGAGUUGCUUUGGGCAGUAUUUGCUGCCUUUACUAAGUAGAAGGUAUACCAUUUGCCAUCAGUGGCAUCGCCACAUAGAUGAGACAAUCGUGAUAAACUUUCUUUCAAUUUUGAUUUGAAUUAUUGAUGAUUACAAUAUUUGGUCAUCAGGUAAAGUUCCAGUGAUCUUAAAUUUUAAAGAUUGAGAUUUGUGUGAUAAGUGAAAACAUUCACACUAUUCCUACAAGUAACUUGCCUGAAUUUCAUUAAUCAAGGGACAGGAUUGCUUGCAUAAGUAACUUUAUUCAAAAGACUAACUGCUAUUUUUUUUGUCUCAUCUUGCCCUUGCAUCCUACUGAUUGUACAUUCAUUCCACUUUUCGUAAAUUUGUAUGAUUUUCUGUGAUAUGAAGCUUAUAAAUUUUCCCUUCAACUGAAUGAUCUUCAAAAGACAAUAUGCCUAGAUAUCUGCAGGGAAGAGCACAUCACUAAUGUAAAGUUAUGACAUAAAAUCAAAAGUUGAAUUUAAGUGCAUCUCGGUAGGACGUACAUUCAGGUGUUUAGAUUUCUUGGAGUUCCAUCACUUUCAGUUCAAGUUAUUUUAUUAUUCUCAAAUGAACUGCAUCUUUUCCGUCCCGUGCUCUUGGUUUCACGUGGUGUUCACUCCCUUGAGAUGUUCUGAUGCACUCUUAAUUUUUCAAGAGGUUCAGUCAAUGCAAUUUUUUGAAUUUACCCACCUGCCCUCGGGAAGGUCUGUUUCUGAUAUUGCUGUUGUGUUUGCAAUUAUGAAAGGAUUUGCAGUCAUUGAUCUGAAAGUGUCCUAAGAUCUGAGAAGAAGAAUCCACUUGAUUUUUGGAAAGGCAGAUGUUUCUUGUUGUUAUUGACUAAACAAAAAUCUUAAAAAAAGGCAUUGCAAAAGAAGUAUUGUAGAUAUUUUAUCGUGUUUUAUCUUCAUUAAAGGUGGGAAAACUUUCUUACAUUAAAUUUUGUUGACUUUGUUACGUACAGAUUCUGUACCAACCACUUAAUUUGAGUUGUAGCUUGUUAUUCUGUUUAUUUUUUUUUGUGUUUUUAAGAAAUUGUAAAGCAGAUCCAUAAUUGUCAUGGAAUGAUAAUGAAAUGAUCUUAUGAAUAUUAUUAUAAAUGGUACAUAUUGAAAUAAACUAAAAAGGAUCAGAGGAGAUUUAAAAUGUGUAUUAUGUAUGUAAGUAUAUGUGUAAAAAGUGUUAUUACUAGUGUAGGAGCAGGAGCUGUGGUGAUCGCUAGGGGUGACAUGAGUUGUGGCUUGAGGCCCAUGAGGAAUUUCCUUGGUUGUUUGUAAAUAUUGAUGCUGUAUGUGUACCUACUUUACUUUAAUAUUUCAUAUUUGAACUGUUCCAAACUACCAAUGGCACAAGUUAUUACAUGCUCUUUCCUAGUUCCAUUGUACUGAAAGUUUCUAAAAUGUGUAUUACAUGUCUUCAGUAUUGGGUUAGCAAAUUGCUUGUUUUUGAAAUUAUUUUUUAGCUAUAUUAAAAAAAAACCUGGAUCUCCCCCGGCUCUAGGUUACACUUGCUCA